CUCACGUGACUAGGAGUCGACGUGUGCAGAAGUCCUUAUAGUCCAGGGCCUGUUUCCCUGUAGCAGCUUCCUAUUGAUGUGGUAGGAGGAAAGUGCCCCGGAUCCUUUCAGGCCCUGAUCUGCUCAGCAAGCAUUCCUGUCGGUCUGCAGGACUCUUGGUCUAACGGGCGCGGCACAAAUCGAGUGAGGGAAGAGGGAGGAAAACCCCCUGGAUCCCUGCAGGAUUAAUUUAUUAAAAAAGGAAAUAAUAGAAAAACCGUCAACAUGCAAAAGCCUUGUGAAGAAAAUGAAGGAAAACCACAGAACAUGCCAAAGGCCGGGGAAGAGCGCCCUCUGGAAGAUGUACCACAGGAGGCAGGAGGAGAUGCUCAACCUUCCGAAGAAGGUGUAAGCCAGGAAGCAGAGGGAAACCUUAGAGGAGGGCUGACUCAACCGGGCCAGAGAUUUAAGGAGGACACUCCUGUUAGGCAUUUGGACCCUGAAGAAAUGAUAAGAGGAGUAGAUGAGUUGGAAAGGCUUAGGGAAGAGAUAAGAAGGGUAAGAAACAAGUUUGUGAUGAUGCAUUGGAAGCAAAGACAUUCACGCAGCCGUCCUUAUCCUGUGUGCUUUAGGCCUUGAGUUCUGUUUUUGUCUGAUGGUAAAAUCUGGCCCCUGCUUUCUUUGUUAGCAUUUUAUGAUGUAUCUUUGACCUUCAUUUUACUCUUAAUCUGAAUGAAUUUUGUUUUAGGUAGUUUACUUGUUACGAGUAUCUCACUGGAUUUUGUACUUUGACCCAUUCUCUAGGUCUAUUUUUCAGUUAGGAAGUUUCACAUUUGCAUGAAAAUACGUUCAUUUCGUAUUGUAAAAUAAAAUAUAACAGGUUACAAAGCAGCGUAUUUAGUAUCGGCUCACAUAUGUAGGAUAAAAUCCCAAACUGUGUGCAUAUGUAUACAUACAUGUAUCAGAAACUGCUUUCUUUUGUGUGGUGGUGUUUUAUUCUUUUUGCUUAAGUGUUUUUUAAUGAACACAUGUCACACAAAAGAAUUAAAGUUUUUUUUUAUAAGAGUCGAAUAGUUUGCAACCAGCUUAUAAGGGUAAUGGGGGCACCUAAACUCUUGACUGAAGAACUAUUAAAAAAAUGUAAACCUCAGAAUACCUCUGGAUCUCUUAGCCAGAGGAAUAAAACUGGCAAUUAUUACAGAUA